ACAUCAAAUAUAAACCAUCAACAACUAAUUAAGCAAUAUAAUAUUUUAUUAUCAAUGGCAAAGCUCGCAAUCUCCGCCGCCGUCUUCGCCGCUCUAGUCCUAGUGGCCAGCGCCACCACCUACACCACAACAGUGGUGACAACCACCGUGGAGGCCGAGGAGAACCCCCGGGGACAGUCGUGCCAGACGGAGAUCCAGCAGAAGCCGAUGAGCCACUGCAUGCAGUGGAUGGAGUCUCAGAUGAGGGGCAGAAGAUCAUACGGCGGCGGCGAGUCCUUCAUCAGGAGCGCGGUGGCGAACCCCCGAUACCAGGAGGAGGAGCACCUGGAAGAAUGCUGCAGCGAGAUGAAGAAGGUGAGCUCACCCUGCAUGUGCGAGGCAAUGAGCCACAUGAUGAGGCAGAUGCAGCAACAGUACGGAACUGAGGAGGAGAUGCAGCAGAUGAUGAAGGAGAAGAUGAAGUCUCUUCCCAAGAUGUGCGGCAUGAGCUCCACCACCCAGUGCCGCUUCCGCGCCGUCUUCGUCUGAACAACUCGUCGUCGUCGGUUGAUCGAAUAAGAGUUAAUAAAGAUAAUCUCUCCAGGCAGCGAGUUAUGGCCCAUCGGCAAUACUUGCUUUGAGGGAUCGUCUUCGUUUUGUUGUUGUUGUUGGCGUUUUGUAAUAAUAAUAAUAAUGUAGCACAUAUCAUCGUGUGUGUUACUUUCUCUAGCUUUUGAGUUUAAUGCCAUCUUUCAACCUUUUUUUAUUUUA